AUGUCUAUAACAAGCAUGUUGAUUUCUUGGAUUGUUGUCUUUUAUAUGGUAACCUUUGCAGGCGCGACGACCUCGUGCCGAACAGCAGACGGUCAGUAUGAUGUAACUGUAAAGUAUCGUGGUAAAAAUGGCCAAGAAACUUCUAAAUCUACAGUAAUUGCAUUUUACGCCUUCAUGUCAAAAUCAAUCAAGAACCCUGGCGUUGGUCGCCGACUGGUAUUUGACGUAAUAAAGACAAACCAGGGUGGUGCAUAUAACAGCCAUACAGGCGUUUUUACCUGUCCAAAGAAUGGAACAUACGUUUUCGUGUGGGUUGUAAGACUGGAUCCUGCAUAUCAUUCCUUUGAGUUGAUGGUCAAUAAUUCCGUGUAUGGAUCCACCUAUCUUUAUAACAAACAUACCGACGGAAGCAAUAGUGGUACAGUUGUGGCGGAUGUGUCGAAGGGCGAUAGUGUUUAUGUUCGUAUGCACUGUUCCUACAAAGGUGUAGGUGUAUUACAUAGUAAUGAACACGGCAGAACAGCAUUUUCUGGAUGGUUACUGAACUAGACAGUUUGAUUUAAAUAAAUGAAAUUUCUCUAAA